CCGCAGACCCGCUCCCCGGGGGGACCCACAGGUGAGCGCUGCGGGGUGGGGGGGGUGGGGGGCGGUGGGUGUCCGUCUGUCCGACCGUCCGUCCGUCCCGCGGGGCGGGGGGGGGCAGAUCCCCCGCCCCCGGCGCGGCGCGGUGGGCGGGGCCUCUCCCCGGGCGCCGCCAUUUUGAGGCGCCGCCGCCGAUCCAAGAUGGCGCUGGCCAGCGUUGUCCGCGCCUCCGAGCCCCCCGGCGCCUACCCGCCGCUCCUGGCCGCCCCCCGGGACGGGCCCGGUCCCCCGCGGGACUUCGCCGCCCCUCCCCGGGCCGUGCCGCGACCCCUGCCCGGGCCCGGCCUCCACAUGCUGCACGGCACCACCACGCUGGCCUUUAAGUUCGAGCACGGCGUGGUGGUGGCGGUGGACUCGCGGGCCACGGCGGGCUCGUACAUCGCCUCGCAGACGGUGCGCAAGGUGAUCGAGAUCAACCCGUACCUGCUGGGCACGAUGGCCGGCGGCGCCGCCGACUGCAGCUUCUGGGAGCGCCUGCUGGCCCGGCAGUGCCGCGUCUACGAGCUGCGCAACAAGGAGCCCAUCUCGGUGGCCGCCGCCUCGAAGCUGCUGGCCAACAUGGUCUACCAGUACAAGGGGAUGGGGCUCAGCAUGGGCACCAUGAUCUGCGGCUGGGACAAGAGGGGGCCAGGGCUGUACUACGUGGACAGCGAGGGGACGCGGGCGGCCGGCCCCGCCUUCGCCGUGGGCUCGGGCUCCCCCUACGCCUACGGCGUGCUGGACCGCGGGCUGGCGCCGGGGCUCACCGUGGCGGCCGCCUGCGCCCUGGCCCGCCGCGCCAUCUUCCAGGCGGCGCGCCGCGACGCCUACUCGGGCGGCCGCGUCACCGUCUACCACGUCGGCCCCGACGGCUGGCGCCGCGUCUCCGUCGACAACGUGGCCGACCUGCAGGAGCGCUACGACGGCGACGAGGCUCCCGCUUGAGGCGCCGCGGGCCCCGCCCAGCGAUACAUUAAAAAAAAAAAAAAAAAAAAAAAAAA